AGCGAGCGGGCCCGGAUUGCGGCCCCGAGGGACCCCGAACCCGACCGACCCCGAGCCCGAGCCCCACCUCCGCCGCCGCCAUGGCGAUGCAAGCGGCCAAACGCGCGAACAUCCGGCUCCCGCCCGAGGUGAACCGCAUCCUCUACAUCCGCAACCUGCCCUACAAGAUCACGGCCGAGGAGAUGUACGACAUCUUCGGCAAGUACGGGCCCAUCCGCCAGAUCCGCGUCGGGAACACCCCGGAGACCCGCGGCACGGCAUAUGUGGUCUACGAGGACAUCUUUGACGCCAAGAACGCCUGCGACCACCUGUCGGGCUUCAACGUGUGCAACCGCUACUUGGUGGUGCUCUACUACAACGCCAACCGGGCUUUCCAGAAGAUGGACACGAAGAAGAAGGAAGAGCAGCUGAAGCUGCUGAAGGAGAAAUACGGCAUCAACACGGACCCGCCCAAAGGCAUCUAGGGCAACACCGGGUGUUGGGCCUGGAGUCAGGAGGACCUGAGUUCAAUCCAGCCUCAGACAUUUCCUAGCUGUGGGACCUUGGGCAACUAGAUGAACCUCUGCCUCAACUUCCUCCUCUGUAAAAUGGGGACAGUAACGGUGCUUACCCCCAGGGCUGUAGUGAGGAUCAGCCCCUUGUCUGGAUCCUGCAUUGUCCUCCCAACCCCUCAACCUGCUUGGCAAACAGUAAGUGGCUAAUAAACGCUCAUUAAUCAGUAGAGGACUGGUCCUGCGAGGACCCUUUUGGCCGAAUCCCAACCCAGCACUUCCCAGAUAGAUGCUGGCCUAUGCAGGGCUGGUCAGUACUUUCUCCAUCAUAAAACCCUAUCACAGGGGACAGGAUCUUCCAGAGGGUUUCUCGCCCCACAGUUCCACUUGACAGGCAUUUGUUAAAAGCCAGGGGUGGGGGAGCCUAACGUAGCAGGAGGGGGACAGGAUUCCCAGAAGGAGUCCCCAUAACCUAGCCUUGAUGGAAGACGAACGGCAGAGGAGGGGGUGCCUUGAGAAUGGGAUCCCCCCCCCCCCGGCCAUGUGGGCCCUUGGCACGGUCCAGGCCGGAGGCUGAGAGAUGCUCAUUGUGAAGGAGUCUGGUCUUCAAGUCGUCUGGUUUUUAAAUGUCUUUUUGACAGUGGGAUCUCAGCAGCCACAGGGCAGCUAGGUUGCUCCUUCAGGAGGGCCAGCAGGGAUCAUCUGGGGCCUGGGAAGGAUGGGAAACAGUUGGGCAGUCAGCUGAGCUUUGGGCUUCAAGAAUUAGAGAACCUGAAGGCUGAAAUAGUGGGACUUGAGAGAGUGCUUGAGGAGCCUCAGUUCUGGUCCUCCACCUCUGCCCCCUUUCUUUGACUGUCCCCUCCCAUUCCCCAUCCACUCCCUCCUCAGCACUGGCCACGAUUGGCUACUGGAUCCAGUGGUUCUUCCUUGCUUAGUCUAAAAGAUGCUGCCCUCCUUCCUCCUUGACCAUCCACUCUGACCCCUCUACUUCCUCUUCAUGGCCCCAGGGCUCUGGGGAGGACUUUGUAGGUGUAAACUGCUCUCUCUUGUCCUUGGGGGUAGCUUGGAGGCAGGACCCGGCCUGUCUUUGUAUCCCCACCACUUAAUGGUAUGCCUGACAACUUAGGUGCUUAAUAAAUGUUUGACUGACUGA